AUGUUUGCGUCGGUGCUUCUUCCUCCCACUCUAAAGUCCGCGCCUCGGAGGCCUGGGUGCGGCGGGCCUCUGGAGGGAGUCAUGCAUCCGGGGUGUCAGCGGAGAGAGGUUCGUGAAGCGGGUGCAACAUCGCCCGAGUCUGUCUUUCAUACUGCUCAGUUCAGGCAUCGGGUUCCUGAUCAUGCUCACCACCCUGUGUCUCCCCUCCGCUCCGCUCCCCUCUCCUUCUUCAUGCCCGGCCUCCUCCGCUACCGGUCCGCUUUGACGGUUCCCUCGUCCACGGGUCUAGAGGUCUCGGUCCUCGUCGAACAUUUCUUCAUCCAUACCGUGCUGGGUCAAGGUGUCCUUGUUGUUCAUGAUGGUGGAGACGAGCUCUGA